AUGAAGAGCUUCUUCGUCCUCCCCGUCGCCCUUCUGGCCGCCUCUGUUGUCGCCCAGGACUCUUCCUGCGGUGCCACUUAUAUCGUUGACGCCUGCCUGACUGGCGAGAAGGCCAAGUUCAACGCCUGCGAGGACAAGGACUGGGGCUGCAAGUGCGCCAGCUACGAGGCCAUCGUGACCUGCUUCAACAACUGCCCCAACGACUCCCGCAAGACCUCCGAGGAGGGCCAGAAGAGCAUCUUCUGCGGCUACCACUCGCAGUUCCCCUCGUCGACCGCUUCCGCCAAGACGGCCAGUGCCACAGGCGCCGCCGCCACUACUGCCGCCGCCGCCGCCACCACCAGCUCUGGCUCCAGCUCCACCGGCAGCUCCACCGCCGCCCAGCCCUCGCAGACCGGCGCCGCUGCCGACCUCGUCAUGAACGCUGGUGGCAUCCUGGCCGUCGUCGCUGCCGUCGUCGUUGCUGUCCUGUAA